AAUAAAGCAAAUCAAAAAAUUUCAAAACGACAUCGUAUAUAACCUUGUGGCUCCUAUUCUCUUACUAGUUGUAAUCCUAAUCUCAACAUGUGGUUACCAAAAAGGUAAUGCUUCCACUUCUAACUUUCUCCAAAAAUCCCAUCAAAAUUCCCAAAAAAAAAUUACUAAAAUUCAUGAAUAAAAAAAAUAGCAUUUGGGGUUAGCUUCUUUGAGCUUAAAGUAUUGUAAAAAUUACUAUAAAAAUCAUUUGAUGGCUUCUUCAGUACUGAAUGGAGCUGACAAUUUCAAGAUUCUUAGUGGGAACACACCAUUUCUCGGUUCAGAAUUGAAUGUCAAGUGUUUUCCUCAAAAGGGUAUUAUGAACUUGAGAAAAACAAGAAUCCUAAAACCAAUAAAGUGUAGUUUAUCUGCUUCAAGACCAGUUUCUCAACCAAGAUUUAUUCAGCAUAAAAAGGAAGAAUUUUGGUUCUACAGGUUCUUGUCUAUUGUAUAUGACCAUGUGAUAAAUCCUGGACAUUGGACUGAAGAUAUGAGAGAUGAAGCACUUCAGCCAGCUGAGCUACACACUAGGAAUUUGCAAGUGGUGGAUGUUGGUGGUGGAACUGGAUUUACCACUCUUGGGAUUGUUAAACAUGUUGAUGCUAAGAAUGUGACGAUUAUCGAUCAGUCACCUCAUCAACUAGCUAAGGCUAGGGAGAAGGAGCCAUUAAAAGAGUGCAAGAUUCUUGAAGGAGAUGCUGAGGAUCUACCAUUUCCUACUGAUACUUUUGAUAGAUAUAUUUCAGCUGGAAGUAUUGAGUAUUGGCCAGAUCCACAGCGUGGUAUCAAGGAAGCUUACCGAGUACUGACCAUAGGUGGGGUUGCCUGUGUGAUUGGUCCGGUGUACCCGACAUUUUGGUUAUCUCGUUUCUUUGCAGAUGCGUGGAUGCUCUUUCCAAAAGAAGAAGAAUAUAUAGAGUGGUUUAAAAAGGCCGGUUUCACACAAGUUAAACUCAAGAGGAUUGGCCCAAAAUGGUAUCGUGGUGUCCGCCGACAUGGGUUGAUCAUGGGUUGCUCUGUGACUGGUGUGAAGCCAUACGGUGGGGAAUCUCCAUUGCAGCUCGGUCCCAAGAGCGAGGAUGUGAGCAAGCCUGUAAACCCUUUCGUAUUUCUCAUGCGAUUCCUUCUUGGCAUAAUUGCUGCAAGUUACUACGUGCUUGUUCCGAUAUACAUGUGGCUUAAGGAUCAAAUCGUCCCGAAAGGUCAGCCCAUCUGAAUACUAAGGACAACUUAUCAAUCCAAGACAAGUUCUACACAAUUUCUGUUCGACAGCGAUUCACCGGUGACAACAAAUCUGUCGCGGACCAACAAAGUUUUUGGCAUCGUCGCCGGGGUGAAUUUGUUGCUUUAGUCUUUUAGUUUUGCCGCCUUAGAGAGGGCCAUUGUAAAGCUUGAUUUCAUGGUAAAAUCUUUGUGACAUUUUCUAGUUGUAUAAUCUAUCAGUCAUGUUCUCUUUUUUAAACCAUGUGUUGAGAAAACUCAUCGAAAAUAAAUAGUAGUACUCAUUGAAACUCGUUGAA